GCCUGAGAGAUUAAAGAAGGGAAAAAAAAUCUUUCAGGUGUGAACCUAAUAGUGGCUCUUCAUUGAGUCAAAAGUUCCCAUCUAAAUAGGUUAGUGGGGAUGAAGAACUGAGAAAGAUGUGUUGAGUAUUAAGGGUCCCAGAGAGACAGGCAAGGUUGGGAGAAAAAGAGGGAGUGGGAGAGAAGGUGGAAACGUAUGGUUGGUAAAUCCCACCAUUGAGAACUUUUUAUUGCUCCAAGAAAGGUUCAUGGAAGACUGAGAGAAAUUAAUUGGUGGAGAAUAUGUCUCAAGUGUCUUAAAAAACUGGAAGUUUGAUGGCAACUCACAAGUAGAGUUAUUUUACCUUGCUGACCCAAGGGUUAUCUGUAAUGUAAGUUUUAAACAUUUUCAUAUCCUCUUGGUGUAUGUGUGUGGCAUAAUAUCUUGACAUGCAAAUAAAGUUUGGGGUGGGGUUCCAUUCUAUAUCUGCAGAGUGACUAUGACAAUAGGAUAACGGGUUCUGUGGAUACCAGUAAGCCUACUUUUCCAGUUGCUCUUGUCUCUCCAGUGGGCUCCGGAACAAAGUAGCCACGGUGGCAGGGAUGAAAGUUAUGCACGGGAUCAGCAAAAACCUACUACCUCGGGACUUCUCUAGUGGUCCAGUGGUUAAGCAUGUGGUUAAGAUUCUGUCUUGUAAUGCAGGCAACAGAGGUUCAAUCCCUGAUUGGGGAACCAAGAUCCCACAUGGGAAUAUUCAACUAAGCCACGCCCCUAGGCCUGGUCGCGUCCCAGCUCCGCCCCACAGGCCUAGUCAACGAAGCCCCGCCACGGGCUUGGUCCUGUUCCAGCGUCAUCCAACGCCAAGUCCUCGGCUGACCCGGCUCCAAGACCCACUCUGGUCUCUUCCUGGAGGAAACUAACACUUGUCCGCUUGCUGCUGGAAGCUGCCACCGCCCUCCCCAAGUUCCCAGCUCCCGAGACCCCGCCCCUUACGCUGUACGUGGCUCAGAAACCGGAAGCAGCAGCACGCUUCUGCGCUUGCGCGAGCGGGCGGCCUUGUCUUCUUGCAUCUCCCAUCUAGUUCGACCCAGCCGGCCUCAAGUCUGGUGCUCGGGAGGAGGAGAACUCGGCCUUGGGAUCUGUGGUCAAAAGGCUGCCGCUUGGGCUCCCCGCCGCUCCCGGGGUCUGUAGCAGCCGCGGCAGGUCCCAAACUCACUGAAUCAGGAACUCUGUGAGGGUCCAGCAGUCGGGGUGAAUCAGCUGCAGGCAAGAGUUGAGGAGCUAUUCUCGUACUUAAUCGGCCUCCCAAAGCAUCCUCUGCUGUCUUUCCGGAAAGGAAAAGCAUCCUUGCCAUUCGGGUCACGGGGACGUGAGCCUCAACCUCGUCUCUGAGCGGGUCUGUGGAUUUCGGUUUGUUCGCUGUGACAUCUCAAUACUCUGUCUUUCUUCAUGAAGGGAACAUGGAGGAAGAGAGAACAGCUGCUGAGUUACAGAAAAAUGUGAUACAGGACACAGUGAUCUUCGAGGAUGUGGCUGUGGACUUUACCCAAGAGGAGUGGGCUCUGCUGAAUCUCGCUCAGAGAAACCUCUACAGAGAUGUGAUGCUGGAAAACUUCCGGAACCUGGCCUCAUUAGGUUUCGAGAUUCAACUUAAAAUUAAUGAAUCAGUUGCUCCACAAGAUACUUAUGGAAAAAUAUCCAAUGAACAGGAUGUAGUAGGAUUCAAAAAGAGUGAUUCCUCAUUGUCCAUUUUACAUAAAAUCUGGGAAUACCAUGAUAUUGAUUAUCAGAACAAAAACCACAAGAGAAGUUUGAGAAUUCAUGGGGUUGAGAACAUCUAUGAACAUAAUGAAGAAAAUCAGUGUGGCCAAAUCGUCAGCCAAAUUUCACACCUUAAUAUACUCAAGAGAACUACUGAAGUAAGAGCCUAUGAGUGCCAUGUGUGUAAAAAGGCCUUCAUAGAUCAUUUAUCCCUGAAGAAUCACAUUAGGUCUCACACUGGUAGCAAACCCUAUCAGUGUAAGGAAUGUGGGAAAGCUUUCCAUUUUUUUGCUUGUUUUAAAAAGCAUAUGAAAACUCCCACUGAAGAGAAACCCUACGAAUGUAAGGAAUGUACCAAAGCCUUCAGUUGUUCUUCCUUCUUUCGGGCACAUAUGAAGAUUCAUGCAGGAAAGACAAGUUGCGAAUGCAGGGAAUGUGGGAAAACCUUUAGCUGUUCUUCAUCCCUCACAGAACACAAAAGAAUUCACAGUGGAGAUAAGCCUUAUGAAUGUAAGGAGUGUGGGAAAGCCUUUAGCUGUUCCUCCUCACUCUCCAAACACAAAAGAAUUCACAGUGGAGAUAAGCCAUAUGAGUGUAAGGAGUGUGGGAAGGCCUUCAGUUCCUCCUCUCACCUUAUCAUACAUAUAAGAAUCCAUACUGGAGAAAAGCCUUAUGAAUGUCAAGAGUGUGGGAAAGCCUUCAGUGAGUCCUCGAAGCUCACUGUACAUGUUAGAACACAUACAGGUGAGAAACCCUAUAAAUGUAAGGAAUGUGGGAAAGCCUACAACUGUCCAUCCUCCUUGAGCAUCCACAUGAGAAAACACACAGGGGAAAAGCCCUAUGAAUGCCUAGAAUGUGGGAAAGCCUUCUAUCUUCCCACUUCCCUGAAUACACAUGUGAAAAAUCAGAGUAGAGAGAAACCCUAUGAAUGUAAAGAAUGUGGAAAAGCCUUCAGUUGCCCUUCGUCCUUUCGAGCACACGUGAGAGAUCACACUGGAAAGGCGCAGUAUGAAUGUAAGGAAUGUGGGAAAGCCUUCAGUCGUUCCUCAUCCCUCACUGAACACUUAAGAACUCAUAGCGGAGAAAAGCCUUAUGAAUGUAAGGAAUGUGGGAAAGCCUUCAUCAGUUCAUCCCACCUGACGGUACAUAUAAGAACUCACACUGGAGAGAAACCUUAUGAAUGUAAGAAAUGUGGAAAAGCCUUCAUUUACCCCUCAGCUCUUAGGAUCCACAUGAGAACACACACUGGGGAGAAACCCUAUGAAUGUAAGGAAUGUGGGAAAGCCUUUCGCCAUUCUUCAUACCUGACUGUCCAUACAAGGAUGCACACUGGAGAGAAACCCUUUGAAUGUCUGGAAUGUGGGAAAGCUUUCAGUUGUCCUUCAUCCUUUCGAAGACAUGUAAGAAGCCACACUGGUGAGAAGCCCUAUGAAUGUAAGGAAUGUGGGAAAGCCUUUGUUUGUCCCGCUUACUUUCGAAGACAUGUGAAAACUCACACUAGAGAAAAUGUAUAAAGUAAGGAAUGAGGGAAUGUCUUUAAUGCUUUUUCAAAGCUUAGGGAGUGUGUGAGAUCUCACACCGUGGAGACACCCUAUUUUGGAAAAACCCAUAACUGAGAGAAACUCUGUGUAUGUAAAUCAUGUGGUAAUACCUCCAUGACCAUCACUUAUUGUGUUCUAAGAAAAUUCAUACUCAAAACAAAGAUCAGUGCCUCAUCCUUAAAGUGGGCUACUGCUGGCUCAUUGAUUUCCAGUUUAAUUUUCUGAUAUGAAUGUUUAAGGUGAUAAAUUUCCUCUAAUACCUUUCAGCUCUAGCCACAUAUGUUUUAUUAUGAGGUGCUUUUAUUUUGGUUCAGAUGUAAAUGUUAUUUCUAUUACAGAGUUUUCUGGACCCAUCAGGCAUUUAAAGUAUAUAUUUUUUAUAUGUAGGCAUGAGUGAUCUUUUAUUAUUAUUAUUAUCAGUUACUAAUUAAUUCUCUUUGUUCCCUAAGUGUGCAGUCAUUGUAGUAUUGACAUUCUAGUAUUUGUAGUUUCUUUGGUAAAUGGUAGUUUCAUUUUGAUCUAGUAUGGUGGAAACUGGAAAUUGCCUACCCACUAUUCCCCCCAACCCUGCCUCUUUUUUUUUUUUUCAAAAACAUUAUUAGUUUUUACCAUUAAAAGCUUUCCCUGUCUAAUAACUAAUCCAGUGGAAAUCAAUAAGUGCAAAAGCCUUGAUAGAAGACUCUCAUCUGUUAUGGUAUUUUUGUAUUUUGUUCUUUAUCCUUGCUUAUGACUGGGAAUUGGACCCAAUGUUUUGAACGUUUAUAAAAGAGACCUUGCAACAGGAAAGCUACAAGUAAAGUUGGUUGGGCUGUCUUAUGUUGUGGUACUUUGGACAUGGCUGGGACUGCAUUUCCCAGAGUCAGUUCUUUAUCUAGUUCCAGGUUUGAGUUGUCUAAAAUCAGAGUUUGUGUGAGAAUUGGAAGGCAGAGGGAAGAAACCAUUAUUCUGAGUUUGUGGGGGCAGUGAGACAGGGAGACAGAUGCAUGGGGGCUUGGCAAGCUUCAGUUUCCAGCUUUUUCCCUAACUAUUGGACUCGCUGAUCAAUACUGGCUCAAAGCAGAACACAAAAUGCUUGACUUUCAUUAUCUCAGAGGCAGCCAUUCCAUAGAUAUCUCCAUAAAUUUCUCCAUCAUGGCCAUACACAGCUUCUUGGAUUUUUCUGGCAAGUUCUUGCAUUGUAAUUUUGCUGAUAUUACAGCCCCUCUGGCACAUCUGUUGACUGCAUAGAGUUGGCUCCAGUUUGGUUCAGGGUUGUUGUCAUCUACAUGGUCCAAAGUGUGCUAAUCUUAAGUGUACAGCUUGAUGAAAUUUUACACUACAUACUGUGACAAACAGAACUUUUCCAGGAUUUCAGAAAGUUCAGUCAUCUGCCUUCUCAAUAAUUGCUCUGGGGACUUUCCUGGUGGUCCAGUGGCUAAGAAUCUGCCUGCCAGUGCAGGGGGCUGGGGUUUGAUCCCUGGUCAGGGAACUAGAUCUCACAUGCCACAACUAAAGAUCCUGCAUACUGCAACUAAGACUUAGUGCAGCCAAAAAAAAAAAAAAAAAAAAUUAAAUAAAUAAAAUAAAAUGUGUUGCUCUACAAUUUUGGCUUUGAUUAUAAUUUAUUAAGUUUGCUUGUUCUCGAUCUUCAUGUAAAUGUUAAGAUACAAUAUGUACAGUUAUAUAUUUGGCUUCUUUUUUCAAUGUCUAAUUUGCCUCUUAAUUGCUAUUUUGGCAGACUAUGAACUUAUGUCUCUUGUUACAUGCUUUGAAUAUAAGAAUGAAAUUACUGAAUCAUAGAAUAGACUUUAUGUAGGUAUUCCAGUUUUUCAAAAGCAAUUCUACUUAUAAUCCUAAAAGCAAUGAAUGAAGGUCCUAACUGUUCCACAUGCCUGAUUAGCACUUUCUAAUUUUAGCUGUUCAACACAGAAUGUACUAUUAUCUUGUCUCUGGUUUUAAUUUGCAUUUAUCUGAUAUGUAACAAUGGUGAAUACUUUUUUUAUAUGCUUAUUGAUUAUUUGGAUAUCUGUUUUUUUUUUUUUUUUUGGCUGUGUGACUUGCAGGUUCUUAGUUCCCUGACCAGAGAUUGAACCUGGGCCAUGAUAGUGAAAGCCUGGAAUCCUAACCACUAGGCAACCAGGAAACUCCCUGGAUAUCUUCUUUCUGGGAGAUACCUGUUAAAGCACUUCACCCAUUUUUGGUUCCUUUUCUGUUUGAAAGGUUUCCUAUGGUUGUGUGUGUGUGUGCUCAGUUGAUCAGUCAUGUC